GUUUCACAUAUUGCUAGCAAUUUCUUUCCUCCCUUGGCAGUCUUUUACGCGCUUGGCCCGCUCUUGAUCUGCGUCUCAGUCUUUGUGUGCGUUUGACAGGCGUGUCCCGUUGGUGUCUUACAACAGAAGCUUGGAGAAGGGCCCGCGGGAAGCGGCCGACCAAGACAUUCAUGUUUUUUGAGUUCGUCCCAGGUGCUUUGGUUGAGCUUGAUAGCCUAGGCCGUUUCCGUCCGACGGCCGCGGCUCUGACAAUUCCUCUUGUACUUUGCCUCUUUACUUUCAUCAUCGUACGGCCCCAUCCGGGGAUGGCUUCAAAAUAUCAAAUCCCCCCAGGCCGUACAAACGGACCCGAUUCUGUCCUUGUCCCCUCCAAACCUCGUCGACUGUCCCCCCAAUCCGUUAUGAACGGCCCAACCAUGGACGGUCUGAGGAGCGACCAGGCCCUCGGCCUCGCCCUCGUGAUCUUUGGCGUCUUGGAGUUCCCGCUGGCCUGCUUCCUCCUGGCGUGCUCUUGGCUGUCGUGGGAGUCCAUCAUCCGACUGUACGCACUACUCGGGAUAUACCCGUUCCUCGACCGCUUCGCCGGGCCGGCGGCUCGACACUUUCUUCUGGAGACCUGGCGGGGACACUGAAGGGUCUUCGUUCACUCCAUGUGUGUUGCAAGGAUGCGGCCAUAGUCAUGCUCUACUAUCAUUGAUGUCACACUCUCCCUAGCAAACGGUAUCGGGACACCAAUGAUCCGGCCAAUCUGCUAGUAUAGCACGUUGCUUUUACGAAUCAUCUUCGAAGGUAUUGCGUUAUCUGAGCACACAAAACCUGUGU